AUGACGUCUCGGUGGCGUGAAGCCCGAGACGCCGAACCCUCGAGUGACGCAGGAGGUUUGUUCACGCUGGAGAUAAUAUUCAUAAUAUUUAUUUCCUCACAGGUUGACGGAAAGUUUCCUAACUGUCAGUUUCACUGGGAGAUUCAGAGAGCGGAGAGGGAGUGUCGGACGCAACUGCAGCUGCAGCACACGGCCUCCAGCACAGGAUGUCACGGUCAGUGGUACAAAGUCACUUGUUGGCAGAGCGCGGCGUUCGGCGAGGUGAUGACCCUCCCCUGCCCCUCCGCCCUCAUUCACGUCUUUGGAAAAAAUGGAAACCUCAGCAGGAACUGCACAGAGCGAGGCUGGUCGGACGUCUACCCCGUCAUCUUCACCGCCUGCGGCUCCAACAGCACGGACGAUCCCAGUGAGGUGAGUCAGGUUCUGGUUUCCUGCACAUUAAGCCGUGUGCGCUCACUGGUGCGGAGCGUGUGCACCAUCUUGUGUGUGUGUGUGUGCAGGAGGCUCCACUGCAUGAGGAACUACAUCCAUCUGAACUUGUUUGUGUCGUUCAUGCUGCGGGCCGUGGCCGUGCUGGCCAAAGACACUCUGCUCUUCUCAGAUGAUGAAAACACCGACUGCAGCACGCAGCCGUCACUGGUGGGCUGUAAAUCCAGUCUGGUCUUCUUCAACUACUUCGUCAUGGCGAACUUCUUCUGGCUGCUGGUGGAGGGUCUCUACCUGCACACGCUGCUGCUCGUCAUCCACACCUACUCCACCCCGCUGUCCGUCUACAUGCUCAUCGGCUGGGGAAUCCCGUUCGUCUUCAUGGUGGCGUGGAUCAUAUGUCGGAUCAAUCUGGAGGACACGGGGUGCUGGGAGACGAAUGAAAACCCGAUCCCCAACAGACUCAUGAACUGGCCCAUCAUGGCGUCUGUCAUUAUCAACUUCAUGUUGUUCAUCAGCAUCAUUCGUAUCCUGGUGCAGAAGCUGCGCUGCACGGACGUCGGAGGAAACGAGCAGUCGCAGUACAGACGCCUGGCGAAGUCCACCCUGCUGCUGAUCCCUCUGUUCGGGGUGAACUACAUGGUGUUCGUCUACCUGAUGGAGCCUCCGAACAAAAACAUGAACCGCAUCAAGAUCUUCUUCGACCUCGGCCUCGGAUCCUUCCAGGGUCUAAUCGUGGCCGUCUUGUACUGUUUCCUCAACAGCGAGGUCCAGGGCGAGCUGAGGAGGACGUGGAGGGGGUUAUCCCUCAAGCACUGCGUGGGGCGGGACUACAGGCCGCACGCCGCAGCGGUCGGCCGAAACGGCAAAGAGAGCUCCGCCCAGUUCCCCAGGAACUCCCGCGCUCCGUCCAUCUUGCAGACCGAGACCACCAUGCUCUGACCGUAGACUGCUGGACGUAGACUCGGCGUCUGGACAGUGAGGUCAAUGAAGAAGUGCCUGAAACCUGUAUUCUCUGGAGUGACCAGCAGAGGGCGAGUCCACUAGUUUCAGAAAGACAUUUCUAUAGAGAUUCAUGUCUCAAGCUCUAGUUUCAAAUCUUCUUCAAUACAGUUGGUGUUUAUUUCAUCAUCAUCGUCCAUCUAGAGUCAAAGAGACCAUGAAGCUCUGAACACGUUGGGGCGCAGCUUGAUUGACGGCUAGUACCGUCCAAUGAGUGCAGGUAUGCACCCCCCCCUCCAAAUAUGGUUACUUCUGGUUUGAGAAAAAUCAAGAUGUCAAAAUGUCAAACUUCAAAACUGCAGCUCUCAAACCAACAGGUGGCGUCAUGGCGUGUUGACACUCGACCGUGACGAGGGUCGGAGACGUCUUUUUGUUUUUGAGCUCUCAGAACUCAUAUUGAAGGUGACGCAGCACACACGGAGACUUUCAUCGGUUGUUGCUGCUGCGACUGAACCUGCGACUCACAGACGUUUCUGAGGCGAAAGAGUUUUUCUCACAGUGUCUGUUCAUCCUGGAACUUUUAUCUUCAGUGUCUCUCAACACGUUUCAGAUCCAUCAGACUGUUCCUGCUGGAAUCACAUGAAGCAGAACAUUUAUUUUCCCUUUCAGAUAAUUUAUGUAUAAUUUUUUAUUCCAGCUAAUAUUCCUACAUAUUCUCAAUCAUUUAAAAAUCUUCCUGACUCUCAGCUGAAUGUAUCUGUGGGUGUUGAUAACUUGUCUUUUUAAUGUCAACAAACAUUUUACAUUUAACUUUUUAUAAUCUUUAAAACAAAGAGCAUUUAAC